GUUUACAGGCCAUAAAUCACCCUUUCUGAGAAUCUUGUAACUCCAUUGUUAAAUGAGCAGUUGUAAAUUGAUGACUACCUAUGUAAGUUUUAAAUGGCAUUGGCAAUGUGUCUUGAAUGCAGUCUUCUCCGAUGUAGCUUUAAGUAGUGCCAAACUGCAAAUUAGGAUGAGUAGUUCCUGUAUUAUUUUCACUCUGUGUGUAUUUAUGUUUGCAAGAUCCAGGUAUUUGUGAGUUUCUGUUUUGAUCAGGAAGGCAGUGUGCAGGGAACAGAACUUAAAAUAUUGUGCCCAACUCUAUUACAUUUACAACGUAUCUUUAAAAUAAUGCUGGGGAAAAUCAAUGAGUUCAGGUAUUGGCAAUUUGUUUUUAGAUUGCUACAUGAAGUAUUUAGUGAACUGUUUAAAAAGAACUCAUGCUUUAUUCACAUGAGCAUAUUAUAAAGGAAAGCUCUCUUUUACAAACUUUGCUCUAGAUUGUUAAACAUUUCUAGGAAGUAAUCAUAUUAAACAUUUCUAGGAAGUAAUCAAAUCAGCUGGGAAUCUUGUGGCAUCUUAAAAACCUUCAUCCCUUCUCUCAGGAUUGGCCUAGAACAUUAUGAAAAAAUGAACUCUAGUUUGAAGUGAAGACUUGAGUAUGGCUACAUUCCUAAUUGAUGGUUGAUUAGUUAGCUAAGUUAGUGCUUCAUAGCAAGGCUGAAGGGGUAAGGGUAAGUCAGUGAAGUGAGGUGAAAAGAGGGUGACAAGCUAGAAGAAGUUAUUGCCAACCAAACAGAACAUUUUUUUAACCUUUUUGUUUUAAAGAAACGAUAAGCCAUGAACAUUGUCUCAGGAAAUUCAGAAAUGUUGCUAUAAAAUAGUGAAAACAACCAUUUUGCCCUCCUUGGGAGAGAGGAAAGAAAAUCUCAUGACCUGUAGUUCACUUCAAGCAAAGCUGUAAUCGUGACAUGGAGAAUAAAGAAACCCUCAGGGGACUGCAGAAAAUGGAUGAUCGCCCAGAGGAGCGAAUGAUCAGGGAAAAACUCAAGGCAACAUGUAUGCCCGCUUGGAAGCAUGAAUGGCUAGAAAGAAGAAGUAGGAGAGGCCCUGUGGUGGUAAAACCAAUACCAAUAAAAGGAGACGGAUGUGAAACAAACAAAUCGACAACAGAACCUCCUCCUGAUGGACAAACAAAUCCCACUUCACCUACUCAGAAAGGGAGACGGAGCCCUUCUCCUAAUGGACCCUUCUCAUCCUCCUCCAGGACAGUUAAAUCUGAGUCACCUGGUGUUAGAAGGAAAAGGGUAUCUCCUGUACCUUUUCAGAGUGGACGUAUAACACCCCCACGAAGAGCACCGUCUCCAGAUGGCUUCUCACCAUAUAGUCCUGAGGAAACCAAUCGUCGUGUCAACAAAGUUAUGAGAGCUAGACUGUAUCUCUUGCAACAAAUAGGACCUAAUUCUUUCUUGAUAGGGGGAGACAGCCCAGAUAAUAAAUACAGAGUGUUCAUUGGUCCUCAGACAUGUAGCUGUGGGCGUGGAACAUUCUGUAUUCAUCUCCUGUUUGUUAUGCUUCGAGUGUUUCAACUUGAAUCUUCAGAUCCAAUGCUGUGGCGAAAAACCUUGAAGAACUUUGAGGUUGAGAGUUUGUUCCAGAAAUACCAUAAUAGGCGUAGUUCAAGGAUCAAAGCACCAUCUCGUAACACCAUUCAGAAGUUUGUCUCACGAAUGUCAAACUCUCAUACACUGUCAUCUUCUAGUACAUCUACAUCUAGUUCAGAAAAUAGUAUAAAGGAUGAAGAGGAACAGAUGUGCCCCAUUUGUUUGCUAGGCAUGUUGGAUGAGGAAAGCUUGACUGUCUGUGAAGAAGGCUGCAGAAAUAAACUUCACCAUCACUGCAUGUCAAUAUGGGCAGAGGAAUGUAGAAGAAACAAGGAGCCUCUUAUAUGCCCUCUUUGUAGAUCUAAGUGGAGAACACAUGAUUUCUAUAGUCAUGAAUUGCCAAGCCCUGUUGAUUCUCCUUCGAUUGUUUGUGUGGUCCAGCAACAAACUCAGCAACCUGUAACUGGUUCACCAAGGAGGAAUCAAGAUAGUAAUUUUAACCUCACUCAUUAUGGGGUUCAGCAAAUUCCUUCUGCCUAUAAGGACUUAGCUGAGCCAUGGAUUCAGGUAUUUGGAAUGGAAUUAGUAGGUUGCCUGUUCUCUCGAAACUGGAAUAUACGUGAGAUGGCCCUUCGACGUCUCUCCCAUGAUGUUAGUGGUGCUCUAUUAUUGGCUAAUGGUGAAAGUACUGGAAAUUCUGGAAGUAGCAGUGGAAACACCCCAGGUUCUGGAACUCUAGGGGCAGCUAAUGGGUCAUCCCAGACAAAUAUCUCAGGAGAUGUUGUUGUGGAAUCCUGCUGCAGUGUACUUUCUAUGGUUUGUGCUGACCCUGUGUACAAAGUGUAUGUUGCUGCUUUAAAAACAUUGAGAGCCAUGCUGGUAUAUACUCCCUGCCAUAGCCUAACAGAGAGGACAAAACUGCAGCAGCUUUUAAAACCAGUUGUGGAAACCAUAUUGGUGAAAUGUGCAGAUCCCAACAGCCGCACAAGCCAACUGUCAGUUUCAACAUUGAUGGAAAUGUGUAAAGGUCAAGCAGGAGAGUUGGCAAUUGGUCGAGAAAUACUUAAGUCUGGGUCCAUUGGCAUUGGGGGUAUUGAUUUUGUCUUAAAUUGCAUCCUUGGGACACAAUCUGAAUCAAACAACUGGCAAGCAUUACUUGGACGUCUUUGUCUUAUAGAUAGAUUGCUGUUAGAAUUCCCUGGUGAAUUUUAUCCCCACAUUGUCAGUGGAGAUAUUUUACAAGUUGAUGCUAUCAUUGACAGGUAUAAAAAGCUGUUAUCUCUACUGAGCUUUGCGCUGCAGUCAAUUGACAACUCCCAUUCAAUGGUGGGCAAAUUGUCCCGGAGAAUAUUUUUAAGCGCUGCCAGAAUGGUUGCAAGAGUACCCCAAGUAUUUGUAAAACUGUUAGAAAUGUUGAGCAUGACAAGCUCAAUACAUCAUACAAGAAUGCGUCGGCGAUUGAUGGCUAUAGCAGAUGAAAUGGAAAUUGCAGAAGCCAUCCAGUUAGGCAUGGAGCAAAGGCAUUCUGGGGAAUGCAGGCAUGAAUUUGCACAGCCUCCAGUUCCUGAUAACUCUCCGGAGAUGAUGGAGAAUACUACUCCAAAUAACACAAUUCGGUUCACAGGUAAAAGUGGGAAAGGACUAGAUAAUAAAAAGCGAAGUGCUACACCGGAGGACAUUUCUGACACAAUGGCUGGUAUUUCAUUGGGACUUCCUGUUUUGUCAGGAACAACAGAACAACCAAAGCCAGCCAUUCAGACAAAAAGCAGAUCCCCUGGUCAAUGCUUGAACUCUUCUCUCUCACCCGGUCAUUCCCAAAAUAUAUUCCCUAUUUUGCCUUCCCCCUCUACCCCAUCUGUACCUGCAGGAACUGAUAUUCCUAAACUCAGAUCUCAGGGAUUUGUUCCCUAUAAAAUACCUUCGGCUUCUCCUCAAAUGCAGCGGAAGCUCUCUCUCCAGAUUCAAAGAAACUGUGCUGAACAAAAAGAAUUGGAAAAGCUUUCCCCUGUUUUUACCCAGGCCAGGCCUCUGCCAUUCAGUCAUAUACAUAGGCCAAAGCCAUCUCGACCUACACCGUGUGAUGUGAAUAAACAGGGGGAAACCUCCAAAAAUAGCAUGUCACUUAAUUUAAACGACAUAUCACCAUGUGAUAAUAGUAUUAGUACAGCUAUACCAAGUGAAGAUACUGUUUUCACCCCAGUGGAAGAAAAACAUAGCCAACUGGAUAUUAAUGCAGAACUCAGUUCUAGUAUGGAAGACUUACUUGAAGCUCCAGCCAGUGAUGGAACUGUCACAUUCAAAUCUGAAGUAGCUGUCUUGUCUCCUGAGCGUGCAGAAAAUGAUAACACGUACAAAGAUGAUGUGAAUCAUAAUCAGAAAUGCAAGGAAAAAAUGGAAGCUGAAGAAGAGGAAGCUUUAGCUAUUGCCAUGGCCAUGUCAGCAUCUCAGGAUGCUCUCCCAAUAGUUCCUCAACUUCAAGUUGAAAAUGGUGAAGAUAUCAUAAUUAUUCAACAGGAUACACCAGAAACCCUGCCUGGGCAUACCAAAGCAAAGCACCAUUAUAGGGAAGACACUGAAUGGCUUAAAGGUCAACAGAUAGGCCUUGGAGCUUUUUCUUCUUGCUAUCAAGCUCAGGAUGUUGGCACUGGGACAUUAAUGGCAGUGAAACAGGUAACCUAUGUUAGGAAUACAUCAUCUGAGCAGGAAGAAGUGGUAGAAGCCUUGAGAGAAGAGAUAAGAAUGAUGAGUCAUUUGAAUCACCCUAAUAUCAUUCGAAUGAUGGGUGCUACAUGUGAGAAAAGCAACUACAAUCUUUUUAUAGAAUGGAUGGCAGGAGGAUCUGUUGCUCAUUUGUUGAGUAAAUAUGGAGCCUUUAAAGAGUCUGUAGUUGCAAACUACACAGAACAAUUGCUUCGUGGCCUGGCUUACCUUCAUGAAAAUCAAAUCAUUCACAGAGAUGUCAAAGGUGCCAACUUGUUAAUUGAUAGCACAGGUCAUAGGCUAAGAAUUGCUGAUUUUGGAGCUGCAGCUAGAUUGGCAUCAAAAGGAACUGGUGCUGGAGAAUUUCAAGGACAGUUAUUGGGGACUAUUGCAUUUAUGGCACCAGAGGUGUUGAGAGGCCAACAGUAUGGCAGGAGCUGUGAUGUGUGGAGUGUUGGCUGUGCUAUUAUUGAAAUGGCUUGCGCUAAGCCCCCCUGGAAUGCAGAGAAACAUUCCAACCAUCUUGCUUUGAUAUUUAAGAUUGCUAGUGCAACUACAGCUCCAACAAUCCCAUUGCAUUUGUCUCCAGGCUUAAGGGAUGUGGCACUUCGAUGUCUGGAACUACAACCUCAGGACAGACCCCCAACAAGGGAGUUGUUAAAACACCCUGUCUUUCGCACUAUGUGGUAGUUGUAGAAAACGGGGGGUACAUUGAACUCGAUGCUACUGAAAAUAUAAAGUGCUGGUCUUCCUGUGCAGGUUUGCAUAGCAAUGUGUAUUAAUCUGCUCUUAAUUAUAUGUUUUGAGGACUUGAGGUCAGUA